ACGCCACUCGAAGGGGCGGGGCCUGAGAAACCUGAGAAGAGGGCGUGGCCAGGGCCCAGGCGGGCGGUCGCAGAGGCUGCCAUCAUGAGGUUGAAUCAGAACACUUUGCUGCUGGGAAAGAAGGUGGUCCUUGUACCCUACACUUCAGAGCACGUGCCCAGGUACCAUGAAUGGAUGAAAUCAGAAGAACUGCAGCGUUUGACAGCCUCCGAGCCGCUGACCCUGGAGCAGGAGCAUGGCAUGCAGCACAGCUGGCGGGAGGAUGGAGACAAAUGUACCUUCAUUGUGCUGGAUGCAGAAAAGUGGCAGGCCCAUCCAGGCACCACCGAAGAGAGCUGCAUGGUGGGAGAUGUGAACCUCUUCCUCACAGAUCUGGACGACCCCACCUUGGGGGAGAUUGAGGUCAUGAUUGCAGAGCCCAGCUGCAGGGGCAAGGGUCUUGGCACCGAGGCCGUUCUCAUGAUGCUGUCUUAUGGAGUGACCAAGCUAGGUCUGACCAAGUUUGAGGCUAAAAUUGGGCAAGAAAAUGAACCAAGCAUCCGGAUGUUCCAGAAACUUCACUUUGAGCAGGUGGCUGUGAGCAGCAUCUUCCAGGAGGUGACGCUCAGACUGACAAUGGGUGAGCCCGAGCGGCAGUGGCUUCUGGAGCAGACUAGCCAUGUGGAAGAGCAGCUCUACAGAGAUGGGUCAGCAGAGCCCUGCUGACAGCUGGGCCUGUGGGCAGCCACCCUGUGUGAGCAAGGGUGCCAGGACCUUACAUUCCAAAGACUAUUAUCCCGUGACGGGAGAUAACCAUACGGCGCCUUUGGGGCCAGAGUGCUCUUGGCUCUGCCACAAGCUGAAAAUCACCUUUCGGGGCGCUUCAGACUUGGGCUGGGUUUACCUUGGCUUCCCUCUGGCUGGUAGGGUGGCUGAGGAGACUCCGAGGCCAGUCCCCUCUCCCCUCCUGGUCAAACCCGGACUCAGACUCUAGGUACCUGGAAUGGAGGGUGGGAGUCCAUGGGAGAGUUGGGGCCUGGAGGACGCACGGGAAUAGACAGGCCUUUCCCUUUAGGGGCCAGAGGUGCCACCCUGGCUGAGAAUAAAGCACACAUCAGGCCAGC